AUGACGGCCAAGAACAAGGGAUCUCAAGGUAGCGGCACGGGGCCUUCACCACAGCUUCUUGCGCUGGUGCUGUCAUUUCUUACUGACAAUGGCUUGGAACAUACAAAAAAGGCUUUCACAAGAGAAUUGCAGAGACUACAAGAUAAGUUUGGGUGGUCCACUCCAGAAAGUGUGCAGGAAGGAGUGAGUCUUCAAAUGAUCGUUGAGAGCUGGAAACAGAAUGGAGCCAGCUCACCGGAUCUCGAUUCUGAAAGCGAUGUCACGUCGUCUGAGGGAGAAUCCAGCAGCAACGCAGUCAGGGAUGAAGACACUAGCAGUGACGAUUCAUCUGAAUCUGAAGAGGAGGUGACAGUUUCCAAAUCGAAAAGGAACAAGAGCAAGAGGAGAUCUCUUUCUCCAUCUUCUUCGUCCUCCGACAGCGAUGCGGACGAUGAAGAGGAGGACGGAGUGGAGGAGCCUUUUACGAAGCCAGGAAAACAGGCUCUUGCGCAUGAGCCAGCUGUGAAGAACACUCUCAAGCGAAAAGCAGAAUCCAGUUCAUCAGAGUCAUCUUCUUCCGAUUCUGAUUCCGACUCCCCAGACGAUGAUCGACGGGCAAAACGAGCAAGGAUCGCUGAAGGUGCGGUAAUGAAUGAUAUUGCUUCGAGCGAGGGGUCGGCCUCAGAUUCACAAGAAGAAUCCGAUGAAAAUGCAACAACAGCAUCAUCUGAAUCCGAAGAGGAGGAAGAGGAGAGCGAUGUCGACGAUCCGCCUGUCAAUGGAACGAAGAUGGAUGCGGAAUCCGAAGCACCCUCGGAUUCGUCUGGGACUGUUGUCGGAGACAACCUCGAGGCUGCAAAAUCAUCUGAUUCGGAAGACGUGGCAGAUGAAAAAGUCGAGCCUGCGACCAAACACACCAAGACCCCUGCGAUGAAAAAGAAACAUGUUGGGGCGAAGCCCACACCUUUAGCACAAUUGUCAGCCCAGGCCAUUGCAGACAGCCACAUCAGUAAUGCUUAUCGGAGUUAUGGAUACGCUGAUCGUGCGUACAAAGACCUUUCCGUGACUAGGGGCAAAGGAUUUACCAAAGAAAAGAACAAGAAAAAACGUGGGAGCUAUCGUGGUGGAGCCAUCGAUAUCAGUGGUGGAAAGGGAUUCAAGUUUGAUGACUGA